AUGAUUCUGCCAGAGGUAAACAAACAAGAGGUCGGUGAUGCUGUCGUAGCUGUGGUGGCCUUAACUGUGAAGAAUUUGUGUGGAUUUGGGAUAAAUAUAUGAUUAAACGACCAAGAUGGAGGUGAUUGUGGCUAACGUGGAUAAGAUGACCUUCGACAUGGAGACCCAGCUGGAGGAACAAGUGGGGGCUCAGACACUGCCCUUCCCUGGCAUGGACAAAUCCAUAGCUGCAGUGUGUACAUUUUAUAUGCGUGGGAACUGCAGCAAAAGUGUCAACUGCCCAUUCCGUCAUGUUCGAGGAGACAGAACAGUGGUGUGUAAACACUGGCUGCGUGGACUAUGCAAGAAGGGUGACCAGUGUGAAUUCCUCCAUGAGUAUGAUAUGUCAAAAAUGCCAGAGUGUUACUUCUACUCUCGUUUCAAUGCCUGCCACAACAAAGAGUGCCCAUUCUUACACAUAAACCCAGAUAUGAAGAUGAAGGAUUGUCCAUGGUAUGACAGAGGAUUUUGCCGUCACGGUCCUCAGUGUCGAAAUCGUCACGUACGGCGGGUUCUUUGCAUGAACUAUUUCUCGGGUUUCUGUCCAGAGGGAUCAGGCUGCAAAUUCAUGCACCCGAGGUUUGAGCUGCCACAGGUGAUGGACGACAAGCAGCUACCACACAAGAAACAGGGUAUCACCUGUCACUACUGCGGGGAAUCUGGUCACAAAGCCUCUCACUGCUACAGGGCUAAUCCAGAACUGAGAGAACAAAAUGCAAUAAUUAGUUUAGCUUCAGGUGGACCGAGGAACCAGCCAGGCAAAGAGAAUUCCGGCCCUCCUAUACCUCACCACAUUGAUAACAAUCGCUUGGACAACAUCAUUUGUUUCAAGUGUGGGCAACAGGGACACUUUGCCAACAGAUGUUCAAAGGGGCAGUUUGCCUUCCUCAGCUCUGGUAACUAAAAUUCAAUGGAAAUUUUUUUUUAACAUUUAAUUUAUGAUGAUAAUCUUUAUUAAGAUUUUUGAUGAAAAUAGAUUAUUUAAUAACAUUUAAUACUAUAAACAUGGAUUACAUUAUGUAUGUUUCCUGAAUGUCUGAAUGAAAAAGUAAAUAUGAACUUCUA